UGUCCUCCAUAUCCGAACUGAGGAGAUACCGUGAAGACACGACUCUGCCAAGGUCGGGCCGGUGCGACCGGAGGGAGGGGAGGACGGGCGUGGCUCGUCCUCCCACAGCCACUCUCCCUCCCCAGCGGCGACUCUGCCGCACUAUAAAGGCGGCCGCCUCACGGUCACAGGCACCACAGUCAUCAGCGAGUUCAACCAUGAAAGUCCUGGUGAUCGUGUCCGCUGUCCUGGCCGCUGCGGCAGCCCAGUACCUGCCCUACGCUGGGUACGGCUACGCGGGAUUCCCGUACGCCGCCGGGUACAGCCUCGCUUCUCCUCUCCACAACACCUACAAUGCUCAUCCCCUGACCUACACGGCUGCUGCCCCGUACACGACCUACAACGCCGCUCCGUUCUCGUACGCUCCGUACACCACGUACGCCGCCCCCGUGCCGGCCGCCACCAGCUCUCAGUACCACGCCCAGGACGAGCUCGGCAGCUACAGCUACGGCUACGCUGACGGCCUGAGCACCAAGCACGAGAACAAGAACGCCUACGGUGGCACCGUCGGCUCGUACAGCUACAGGGACGCCAACGGCAUCGUCCAGACGGUCAGCUACGUGGCCGACUCCGCCGGCUUCCGCGUGAAGGCGACCAACCUGCCGGUGGCCCCGAAGGCCGACCUGGCCGCGCCCGUGCACUCGCUGGUCGGCCCGGCUCCCGUCGACGACACUGCCGAGGUGAAGGCCGCCAAGGCCGAGUUCCAGCGGCUGUACGACGAGGCUGCCGCCGCCGCUGAUGCUGCCCCUGACGCGCGCAAGAAGCGCAGCGCCGUGGCGCCUCUGCCCGUCAGCGACACCCCCGAGGUGGUCGCCGCCAAGGCCGAGUUCGCCCGCCUGUACGCCGCCGCCGCCGCCGCUGCCGACGCCGCCCCCGACACCGACGGCCCCGUCUACACCGAGCCUGCCCCGGCUGUCUACUCCGGCUACACCCCGGCUGCCUACUCUGGCUACACCCCGGCUGCCUACUCCGCCCCGGCCGGGUACACCAGCAGCGCCCCUGCCUACACUGGCGUGCCUGCCUACACGGCCGGAGCCGCUUUCUCUUACGGUUACAACUCUGCCCACCUGCCUGCCUACGGCAACUACGCCUACUAAGGAGGGCAUGUGUCCACUUCUUCUAGUCUCAUUUGAUACAAUGUGAUGCUUUCAUCGAGUGGGUUGUCUGCCACUUGAUUUUCUUGUUUGUCCUGUCAUUUGUUUGUACCAUGUGUUGUGAUCAUCAGCCAUUGAAAAUGAUCAAAAAAUCUUCACAAAUAUUGUGAAGAAUAUAUGUGAUGGAGCGAGUA